GCGCAGAUUGUGUGCAGAAUCUGACCAAUUUAGCCAAUAAUCUUCUAAGGUUGAUCUCCGUGAACGCACCCAUUGGCUAAAAUUGUCAGAUUCUGCACAGAAUCUGCGCAGAAUGAUCUCCGUGAACGCACGCUAUGAGCAGAUUUCCUUUUUAGAUCCAGGACAGGGAAGAGAAACCGAGGGGAGGAGGACUCGUCACCUGGGGCGGAUCAUAAAUGGUGUUCUCAUGUUUUAUUUGAGAUAGAGCACAGCAAAUUUAAUAUAUUUACAGUAUAUAUAUGUACAUAUAUAUUUGUUUUCCUGAAUGCAAAAUCCCAGAGGAAGAGAAAGAGAAGGUGAAAGAAAUCGGAUUUUGUUUUUGUUAUCCCGGUUAAGUUUGAUAAGACAUGGCAGGGCCAGAGCAGAUACAGCAGCAGGUAGACGAAAGCUCUCAGAGCAUAGACGAUGCGGAACUGGCACUCCAAGGAAUCAACAUGCUCCUUAACAACGGAUUUAGAGAGAGCGACGAGCUCUUCAAAAAAUACAGAAAUCAUAGCCCGUUAAUGAGCUUUGGAGCCAGUUUUGUCAGUUUCUUGAAUGCCAUGAUGACUUUCGAAGAAGAGAAGAUGCACACGGCCUGUGAGGAUCUGAAGACAACAGAAAAGCUGUGUGAGAGCGACGAAGCUGGAGUCAUCGAAACAAUCAAGAACAAGCUUAAAAGGAAUGUUGACUCUCAGAAGCCUCCCCCCUCAGUGGUAGAUCGACUUCAGAGACAAAUCAUUGUAGCAGACUGUCAGGUCUAUCUGGCCGUGCUCUCCUUUGUCAAACAGGAAGUCUCAGCUUACAUCAAAGGGGGCUGGAUCCUUCGAAAGGCCUGGAAGAUCUACAAUAAAUGCUACAGCGACAUCGGCGUGCUGCAGGAAUCGUGUCAGAAGACGACGUCUCAGGAAUCGCUGACCUCGGACAGGGCGAACGACAACUCGGUCACCAACGAGGGUGUAUCGGCUGAGUCCCUCAGCAGACUGAAAGGCUCUGUGAGCUUUGGAUAUGGUCUCUUCCACCUUUGUAUAUCCAUGGUGCCGCCUCACCUGCUGAAAAUCAUCAACCUGCUUGGCUUUCCCGGGGACCGGCUACAGGGGUUGUCUUCCCUCACUUUUGCAAGUGAAAGUAAGGACAUGAAGGCGCCUCUAGCUACGUUAGCGUUACUCUGGUAUCACACAGUGGUCCGGCCAUUUUUCGCCCUGGACGGGACUGACACUCAGGCAGGAUUGGCAGAAGCAAAGGAGAUCCUCCAGAAGAAAGAAACUGUGUAUCCUAACUCCUCACUCUUCAUGUUCUUCAAAGGAAGGGUCCAAAGAUUAGAGUGCCAGAUUAACAGUGCCUUGAUUUCUUUUCAUGAUGCAUUGGAACUAGCAGCGGAUCAAAGAGAAAUUCAACAUGUGUGUCUCUAUGAAAUAGGUUGGUGCAGUAUGAUUGAGAUGAGCUUCAAAGAUGCAUAUGAGUCCUUUGAACGACUUAAAAAUGAGUCAAGAUGGUCUCAGUGCUAUUACGCUUAUCUGACAGCAGUGUGCCAGGGAGCUUCAGGUGAUGUGGAAGGCGCAGAGAGUGUUUUUAAAGAGGUUCAGAAGCUCUUCAAAAAAAAGAAAAAUCAAAUUGAACAAUUCUCAUUGAAACGGGCCGAGAUGCUGAGAAAACAGCCUCCCUCCAAGGAGCUCUGCAUUCUUGCAGCCAUUGAGGUGCUUUACCUGUGGAAGGCGCUUCCAAACUGUUCAUCCUCCAAACUGCAGCACAUGAGCCAAGCUUUGCAAGAGGUGGAUGACACAUUACAUGUUGGCUUAAAACACUUGCUCCUUGGUGCCAUCCACAAAUGUCUUGGGAACUCAAAAGAUGCCAUUCAGGCUUUUCAUUCGGCUGCAAGCAAUGAACUGGGCCGGCAGAACAAUACCUACGUUCAGCCUUACGCGUGUUAUGAACUUGGUUGUAUACUGCUAGAUAAUCCUGAGACUACGGGGAAAGGUAGAGCAUUCCUUCUUCAGGCUAAGGAAGAAUUUGCUGGAUAUGAUUUUGAAAACAGACUGCAUGUUCGCAUCCAUGCAGCACUAGCCUCCCUGAAGGAGGUUGUUCCACAAUGACCCCUAAGCAAAUGCACACUCUGUAGCAGAUAUGGGAAGCCUGGCUUUAUUUCUGAAAGCCAUCAGUAUAAACGUCUCUUCAAAAAAAUAAUAAAUACUGGGUGUUGGUGUGAAUUCUAGUUUGAAUAGUAACAGUGUCAUAUAAACAUGUUGUUUUUAGUUUUUGAAUACAUUCUGGAGUAAAGCAGAGUUACCAAUCUGUACUUUA